AAAAACGUAAGAUCAAACUUUUAAACAUACAUAUGAUCCAAAUAGUAAUUUUUCAAAACACAGGAUUAGACUUUAAUUUUUGAAAUUGUACAAAUGAUAUUCUAGAAUCUCAUCAUGGUUGGAAACUUCAUUAUUACUCAAUAUUUUAUUUUAAAUUUUUGAAAUAGCAUGCAAUACUUGGUAUAUUUGUGUAUUUAGGAUAUAAUUUAUGUUAUAAUAUUCGACAGCUCUAUUAUAUAUUCACAAUUGGUAACAUGGUUAAGAAUUCACUGUUUGGUCAAAAAAAAUUAAUACUAUUUUCAUUCUAAUUAGGUGGAUAUAUUAAACAUAAGCAUGUACACACAUAUGAGAACCGAUUCCAAAUCCAUUGAAAAAAUUGUAUUAACUAAAAAACAACACUGUCAUAUAGCUAUAUAUAUUACAACAAAUGAGUACUAAUUUAUAACAUUGUUAUUGAAAUAUAUAAUCAGAAACAAUGUGUGAAGAAAUUGUUUUGAAAGUAUAUAUGCAUUGUCCUGGUUGCAAAGACAAAGUAUACAAAUGUUUGAGAUGUUUAGAAGGAGUUGAAGAUGUUGUGCUUGAUAGUGAGAAACAUAUAGUAAUAGUAAGAGGGAAAAGGGCUAACCCAAUUCAAGUUUUGGAAAAACUUAGAAAGAAAUAUAGUCAAAAUGUUAAGCUUAUCUCUCCAAUACCAAAACCCGAGAACAAUGAAGACAAUCAAGAAAUUGUAGAAGAUCAGCCCAAGUUGAAGGUGAUAUUGCUAAAAAUGAAUAUGCAUUGUCAAGGCUGUGUAGAUGAUAUUAAGAGAGAUUUGGAGAGGAUGAGAGGAGUUUUAACAGUGGUUCCAGAUAUGGAGAACUCAUUGGUGACAGUAAGGGGAAUUGUUGAUGCAUCAAAAUUAGUUGAAUACAUAAAGAAAAGACUUGGAAGAAAUGCUGAGAUCUUGAAACAAGAAACUGAAGAAGUAAAAGCAGCCUAUUAUUGUUGCAAUAUAAGUCCAAUAAGGUCAAACUCAUCACAACAGUGUUAUCCACACUCCUCUGCUCAAUGCCUUUGCAUCACUAACAUGUUUAAUGAUGAAAAUCCUUUCUCAUGUUCCAUAAUGUGAUUUUAUUUUAUUUUGUUUUUAUUUUCUUAUCACUUCAUGUGUGUAACGCUUGAUAAUUAUAUCACCAUUUAUAUGAAGCCUCUUUCCAAAAGAGGGUGUUUUGGACUAAUUACCUAGCUUACAUUUCUCUUCUAAUUUUUUUUCUUACACUUAUGUCUUCUAUUUAUGUUGUCAGAAGUAACGUCUUUUUUUUCCUUAAUAAAGCCUUUUAAAAGAGCUAUGAUUUGAAAUGAACACCAUUUAUAUUGAGUUGGACUAGCUGUUAUCCAAGCCAUAGCUGUGAUUAUUUUGACCACAUAUUUUAAGAGAAAAUAUACAAUACAAAACACAUUCUUUAAUAUGUUUCUCAUUCUGGAGAAAACGGUAUAUUUGUGCCAUUUAUGUAUAGAGAUAUGAAUAUGAAAGCAACAAGAUUCUACAAGCAUUCAUAGGCAGAACGAAAGGAAGGUCUGAUCCACUAAACCAGGAGCUGAACUAGCUAUAA